GCCUGCGGGAGGGUCCCCCAUCGCUGGUCGCCGGGGCGCGGGGGGCGCUCUAGCCCGCUGGAGGCUGGGCCAUCUCUGGUUGCCGGGGGGCCGGCAGCAUGUCGGGCUCCGAGCAGGGCUCCGAGCAGUAUUCUUCGGCCGAGGACGAGGACUACGUGCCCUCGGGUGCGGAGUACAGCGAGGACGAUGUGAGCGAGCUGGUGCGGGAGGAUGAGGACACAGUGGUGGCCACCAACCCACUGCCUGCCCGCAGCAGGAGGAGCCCCUGCCACCCCACCAGCAGGAAGAGGAAGAAAGGACGUCUCCUGCUAGAGCCAGAGGAGAAGGAGGAAGAACAGGCUCAGCAGAAUGAAGAGCAGGAGGAAGAGGAUAAUGCAGAGCAGGUGGAAAGAAACAGAGAAGAAGAAAUAAAAAAGAAAGAAGAUGCUCUUUGGGCCAGUUUCCUUAGCGACGUGGGACAGAAGCCCAAAGUAACACAAGCUAACAAGGCUGAAGAAGGGAAGAGUGGGAACAAGGUUCAGGAGAAACCGAAAGAGUCUGAGAAGCCAAAAGAUUCAGGAAAAGUGACAAUCACCAAAGUGUUUGAUUUCGCUGGUGAGGAAGUCAGAGUUACUAAAGAAGUGGACUCGAACUCAAAAGAAGCUAAAUCUUUUCUGAAGCAGCAAGAGAAACGGCAGUCAGCGGCUCUAGCUUCCCUCCCUACAGGAUCUGGGGUGAAGAGGCCAAGCGGUAUGAGCACCCUCCUGGGGAAGAUUAGCUCCAAAAAGCAGAAGAUGAGCACACUGGAGAAAUCCAAACUGGACUGGGAGAACUUCAAGGAGGAGGAAGGCAUUGUGGAGGAGCUGGCAAUCCAUAACAGAGGGAAAGACGGGUACAUCGAGAGGAAAGCAUUCCUGGACCGUGUGGAUCACAGGCAGUUUGAAAUCGAACGCGACCUCAGACUGAGCAGGAUGAAGCCCUGAUGUGCCGGAGGUGGCCGCAGGGGAUCCUGCUUCCUUCUGCGCCCGAUCGCUGGCUGGGGGCUGACAGCCACCGCCGGACCACCAGGCACAGAAAUCAUUCUCUACCCAAGACUCAGCCUGUAUGUCUCAACGUACGGGUUUUUCCUUUUACUGUAAUAGUUUUCGGAGGGUAUUUGUCAGUGGGCAGGGGGCACUUUGAGGGUUGAAUGGUCCAGCAGGUGACAGAAGAGACCGAUGUGAUUCUGGCAGGUGACUUUCCGAGGAGAAUUGAUGGUGGCACCCAUCCUUUGCCAACCCUGGGUGCUUCUGGCAGCAGGAGGAAGCCCCGAUGCUGGGGGAGUGCUGGUGCCUGCGUUACGGCUCAGCUGGUGUAUUUGGUUGAGAGAGGAGCUGCAGGAAGGUUUUGCAGCUGCUGUGCGUGCACAGGCUGUGGGAUUCAGGGCUGGAGCCCUUCAUGCUCUGCCAGCCCUGCAGCAUUCCCUGCCCCUCCAUGCUGUGCUCCUGCCUGGGCAAAGCCAAGCUGUCUGUACUUGUUUGUGGGGUCUGAUGAUGCCAGGGAGGGGGUUAAGCAAGCUGAUGAAGAAAUCCUUCCUUGUUCACACUGUCAAGAAGAUGAGAGCAGCUGCUGUAGGCAGGACGGGCCAGGAUCCGAGUCUUCAUGCGAAUAAAGUAUUCCAUCCUGACACUCUUGCAUGCUGGCAGCAUGGUUUGUGUGGAAGAAAUAAAGGGUCACGCGCAGUAAAGAAUAUCUGACUGCGAUCAUGAAAAAUCCCUGCUCAGAGGUGCCCAGUAGCACCUCGGUAGCAGCCUGAGGGUCAGAGCAAGUGCUUGGAUCUCUUUCUCUCUGCAGAACCGGGGCUGGUGUUGAGAUUAAAUCCAGAAUUGGGAGGACUCAUCUUGGCCACCCCUUCUGCUCUGGCUGGCUGAGUUCAGCACCUCCCGAUGUUGGUGCACAUCCUCGGAGCAGAGGUGUUCACCGGCCUUUCCCCACAGGAUGCUCUGAGCCCACUCGGUGGGGCAGCCCAUGCCAGCGCUGUGCCGGGGGGAAAAUGGCACAAGCCCCGUCCUUUCUGCUAAUGGGGCAAGCGAUGCCGCUGCUGCUGCUGCUGGCCCCUCGCCCACGGCUCAGAGCAUGGUCUCAGCUUUGGACUCAAGUGUCGGCUGCUGAGUCAGCCCUUGCUCUGCGGCCGUGUUGCAGGAUAGACAAGAACAAAACACCACGUGCUGGGGGAAGCUGCAGCCUUUGGCGCCCGGUUAUGUACAGAAUCAGCUGUUACGGACCUGCUUAAACAAGCCUGAAAUUGGACAGAAACAAAACAUUAAGGGUGAUGACACAUUUUCAUCUCCAAACACUUCCAAGCCAGUUGCUGCUUUGGUUCUGUUUGUAAAAAACAACUGGAGUCCUUGUCCAGGGCACCGUAUGGGGAGGUUUCAGCUUGAGAUUCCUGGCCGGCAGCAAGGAGCCCCAGGCGCUGGGCUGGGGAGGCAGCCGGGUCCUGCUUGCGGGGUCACUCCCAGCAGGGACCCCAAGCCAAGCCGGGCUUGUUUGGCAGCAGGUCCUUGCUGACCCCAAGACGCACAGGCGGCAGCUCUGCCAGGGUGGGAGCAGGCAGCAGGGGAAAUGAUUUGCCUUUUGUUGUACUUUGCUCUGCUGGGGCUGAGGAGGAGGGGAGGGGAUCCUGAGGACCUUCUCUGCGCUCUGUCCCCCCGUGACUGUGUCCUGGGCAGGAUUCCCCCCAGUGGGGGAGGGUCAUGUCACCCCCAAUACGGGCUCGAUCUCCAUGUCCUCUGGCUCCAAGGGAGCUGCCAGCCAAAAUCCUUUCCAUGGCACAGGCGUCCCGGUGCUACUGGGUGCCGCUUGCUGUGUUGGGUUGCAUUUUAGGGCUCAUUCUGCUCCAGCAGCUCAGCGGCAUCUUGGGGUCUAGAAAUGUAAGAUAAUUCUGUGUGUUGUGUUAUAAGCAAGAGCUGAACGGAGAUGCAACAGGAGAACCUUUGGAGAUCCUGAAGGCCAGAAGUGUCAGUCCCAGCCCUCCUCUUAAAAGCCUUAAAGAGCUCCAGGCUGUGCGAAUUCUGCAGCAGCAUCAACUCCAGCCAGCCUGAGAGAUGGUUCGGGCUUUACAUGUGCGCUAGCAGUGUGUUAGUGGGAUCCGAACAGCACAGCCUCCACUGGCAUAUGGCUAAUUGGGACAAAUAGGUGACUCCAGCGUAAGGGGUCCUGCCUGCCAGCCCAGCACUGCUCUCCAAAACUGCUCCAGCCUCUCUUCUCUGGGUUAAUUUUUCCUUCCCUUCAGCUGAGCAAACGUGGAAAAUUUUAAAAUCUUGGAAGCAACCUGAGCUGCUGGAAAAGUGCAGUUUAACAGCAGUGUCCGAGAGCCCGCGCUCUCCUCUCUGCCGGGCUCCCCGGCUCACGGCAGUGUGGUGUGCCCGGCUCAGCUGGAGGAUGCCAGGCUGCGGUGCUAGCGCCUGGCAGGCUGGGGCAGGCUUGGUGGGACGGCCGGGAGGCAGCCUGGGGCUGGUUCCUGGCUUCCUCCACACACGCUCCCAAGCGUCCUGCGUUUUUGUUUGGUUGGAUCAUGUAUUCCUCGCCUCUCUUUCCUGAAGAUGAGGAGUGAUUUACAGGUCUCCAGAAAACAAUUUGGCUGCUUAGGAAGAGAGGAAAAAAAAGCCCAAACGCCAGUCCACUUGCUAUUCCCGUUGCCCAGCUGCUUUCCUAUGAAGGGGGAUGGCUUUAGUACCCGCCAGCCCUCGGCAUCCCUGCCAGCUCUGAGCUUUCUGGAAGGAGCAAAGCUGCCAGGAGAUGUGGGUUCCUCUUUCGAGAUGCUCCCACCUUGAGAUGUCUUCUCCAGGAAGCUCAUGUGUCCUUCACAGGUUGGGACCCAGACGGGGCAUUUGAUUGGGAUAAAUUUGGCCCUCCGAGGAGUCCCCAUGGCCUGAACAUCACCUCACCCCAAGGAGCUCCCCCUUCCCUGGCCGCCUGAAGGGGCCCCUUGUGCGGCUGGACCCCGAACAAAGCAGCGAUUGUGCCUGUGUGCCCGGACAGUCGGGGCUUCUGCCGCAGCGCUGUGUUCUGGAGUUGCAAUAAAACCGGCUGCGUCCAACCCGCGCCUGCGGGCUCGCCUUUAUUGAGCUGUUCGGCAGCGUUGGGGGAGGCUGUUACAGGGCCACGGGAAUUGUGAGCGGGAAGGUAAUGUCACGCAGUUGAAGCUGCUUCGGUGACAGGGAUGUAGGAAUAAAUGUGCGGCGCUCUGCGUGGGAGGAGGUUGAGAGCCGGCUGCCCGGGGUGCAUCCCGUGGGCAGUACCGUGAGCCGCAGUGGGAUUCGGGGCUGGCUGAGCUGCUGUGGGGCAGAGCGUGAUGGUGCGUGGGGAAGCGGGUGGCAGGAGGGGAGAGGAGCAGGGCUGGCCCCAGGGGGCAGCUCCCCGCACUGGGGCAGCAGGUCCCUGCAGGGACCCGGGCUGGGAAGGGCUGAUGCCCGGGAGGUGACGCUGCAGCCGCUGCAUCCUCAGCUCUCACUGCUGUUUUCAGCCUCUGCCAUCUCUUUUCCUCCCGGCAACGUCCUGUCUGGCAGCACAGUGGGGUGGGACUAACGGGGACUAGUGGGACGGCUCAUGGAUCUCCCAUGGCAUCCAGGGUCAUCACCCCAGGCAUCCUCGUGCUGGUGGCGGGUGCUGGCACCCACUUUUGAGGUUCAGCUGGUGGCAGUGGUGCAGCCAGCCCAUCGCACUGCCAGUGGUGAACCCCAACCGGGGCAAGGAUCGGCGCCAGCCGUCGCGGGGGGAUGGAUGGGGAGAUGAACAGAGCUGCUACUGUUGGGGCAGCCCGAAGGCCACGCUCCGCCUCGGCUUUUCUGGAGGCGAAGGGGAUGCCCCACCAUCCUGCCCUCCGGAAAAGCGAGAGGCUUCCCCCACUACCUCCUCUCCACAGCUGAAAACCAGCCCUGCACCAUGGAAAAGCAUGGGAUAAAUCCUUGUUGUGAUCCUUUUGGGUCCCGUGAUAU